AUGCUGCACAUUGCUUGGCUCGACUCCAUUGCAUCGCUAAAGUUGCGAUUUAUAGUGUGUGAGCCGAGCUGUCACUCUUCGCCAAAAUGCUCUGAACUUAGCGCAAGCAGAUCCUUCAAAGUCCUGGUGGAUCUGGUGGCAAGUUUCGAAGAUAUCCUAAGGCUGCGGUCCCGCUCGACUCUGCUGCGAUGUGCAGCUGGUGUGGCGCUUUGCGUGGCCUUGCAGGCUGCACUUAGCUUUGUGGCUCCUGCCAGUGGCGCUGCAAAGGCUCCAAGCAAUACGCAUGCCGUCGCCUCCCCGCAACUGAGAGCGCAGAUGCAGCCAAGCAAUGCGGCCAGCGAGAUGCCAGCCGCCCACGCAUUCUCGGGAUCAACGCUCAUCCCUGCCGCACUUUUCACUGCCCGCUCGAUGGUCAGUGUUAUGAACGUCAUCAGCCGAUACGGGAAGGCUCCCGUGAGUGACUUCGGUGCCCCCUCUGGCAUCCGAAAUUUCCAGGAGAUGGCUUUGGGCUUCACCUCAGACAUUGCCAAGAACAACUUGGGAGAGUCCUUCUACAGGCCGUGGGUGCCUUUCAUCACUACCAUCUUCCUCUUCAUCUUUGUUAGCAACUGGUCCGGUGCUUUGAUCCCUUGGAAGCUGUUCGAGAUCCCAGCAGGUGAACUGGCAGCACCUACCAACAACAUCAACACCACCGUGGCACUGAGCUUGCUGACCUCCUUGGCCUACUUUGGUGGCGGCCUCGCCAAGAAGGGCCUGGGUUACUUUGCUCGCUACGUGAAGCCAACCCCCAUCCUGCUUCCCAUCAACAUCUUGGAGGACUUCACAAAGCCGCUGUCCUUGAGCUUCCGACUUUUCGGAAAUGUUGUGGCAGAUGAGCUGACGGUGGGUGUGCUCUGCUUCUUGGUUCCCUUCGUGAUUCCCUUGCCUAUCAUGGGCCUGGGUCUCUUCGCAGGCAAUGUCGAAAUGCGAAGCUUCACCCUGUGCCCACAAAAAUUGUGGGCUGCGGACAAGGACAAACAAAACAGGCUGCGGUCCCGCUCGACUCUGCUGCGAUGCGCAGCUGGUGUGGCGCUUUGCGUGGCCUUGCAGGCUGCACUUAGCUUUGUGGCUCCUGCCAGUGGCGCUGCAAAGGCUCCAAGCAAUGCGCAUGCCGUCGCCUCCCCGCAACUGAGAGCGCAGAUGCAGCCAAGCAAUGCGGCCAGCGAGAUGCCAGCCGCCCACGCAUUCUCGGGAUCAACGCUCAUCCCUGCCGCACUUUUCACUGCCCGCUCGAUGGUCAGUGUUGUGAACGUCAUCAGCCGCUACGGGAAGGCUCCCGUGAGUGACUUCGGUGCCCCCUCUGGCAUCCGAAAUUUCCAGGAGAUGGCUUUGGGCUUCACCUCAGACAUUGCCAAGAACAACUUGGGAGAGUCCUUCUACAGGCCGUGGGUGCCUUUCAUCACUACCAUCUUCCUCUUCAUCUUUGUUAGCAACUGGUCCGGUGCUUUGAUCCCUUGGAAGCUGUUCGAGAUCCCAGCAGGUGAACUGGCAGCACCUACCAACAACAUCAACACCACCGUGGCACUGAGCUUGCUGACCUCCUUGGCCUACUUUGGUGGCGGCCUCGCCAAGAAGGGCCUGGGUUACUUUGCUCGCUACGUGAAGCCAACCCCCAUCCUGCUUCCCAUCAACAUCUUGGAGGACUUCACAAAGCCGCUGUCCUUGAGCUUCCGACUUUUCGGAAAUGUUGUGGCAGAUGAGCUGACGGUGGGUGUGCUCUGCUUCUUGGUUCCCUUCGUGAUUCCCUUGCCUAUCAUGGGCCUGGGUCUCUUCGCAGGUUCCAUCCAGGCACUUAUCUUCUCUACGUUGGCGGCGGCAUACAUCCAUGAAGCUUUGGAGUGUGAACUGGCAGCACCUACCAACAACAUCAACACCACCGUGGCACUGAGCUUGCUGACCUCCUUGGCCUACUUUGGCGGCGGCCUCGCCAAGAAGGGCCUGGGUUACUUUGCUCGCUACGUGAAGCCAACCCCCAUCCUGCUUCCCAUCAACAUCUUGGAGGACUUCACAAAGCCGCUGUCCUUGAGCUUCCGACUUUUCGGAAAUGUUGUGGCAGAUGAGCUGACGGUGGGUGUGCUUUGCUUUCUGGUGCCUUUCGUGAUCCCAUUGCCGAUCAUGGGCCUGGGUCUCUUCGCAGGCAUGGCUGAAAGCUCGCAGUUGGUUCGUGUUGCCUUCUUUGCAGUGUGCUGGAUGCAGCAGGAAUGCUCCAUCCAAGCUUUGAUCUUCUCCACCUUGGCUGUGAAGCCCGAGCAGAGUUUUCUUGAUUUUUCCGAUGGCCUGUUCGAGGCAUGCGGCUUCAAUGGCCGUCCACAGCUCUUCACCCAGAUGUUGCGAGAUCUCCCGUCGCUGGUGAAAAGGCUUCAAACCGAUCGCGAGCCAACUUGUAUCUGUGCGUGGGAAAAGCAUCUCGUUGAACUCUGCUUCAUCGAAAGUGGUAAGGUGCGCGCGGCCAAAGGGGAGCCAACAAAAGAGGACAGUUCUCUUCAGAAACGCAAAGGAACUGAACACAGACCCAGGGUAAAUGGCGUUGCUCAGGAGUUACGACGACUCAAGACCUUCUUCGCAAGAGCUGCGGUGGCAUCAAAGUUGCUCAAGUCUCGACUGGCGAUGCCCAUUGCGUAUCCGCUGAAUUCAGCCAUGAUGCGAGAAAAGGGUGCCGACAGUGCUGAAGCUGCAAAGGCUCCCCUGUCAUCUGGCCUCAAGGACGAUGAGUCCUGGAAGCUUACGCAGAAAGGAUUGGCCCACGUGAUGCCCAUCGUGGCCGGCAUGUCCAAGGCCAUGGAAUCUUCUCAGGUCUACGUUUUCGCGUUUGCUUCGGAUCAGAGGGAGGAUUUUCUCGGAGGCUCCGCGACACUCUCACAGAAGUUUGCACGCUGUAGCGUUCACAACAAUGUUGAAAAAUAUAUCUUUCCGGCCGAGGAACCGCGUGGGUUGAGACUUCGGAGCGCCCAGGAUGUCGUUCUACUGCGGGUCAAUGGCCCAACGGUCAUUGGUCGCAAGGAGUGCGACAUCGAGGUGAAGCAUCCCUCGGUCUCUUCUCGACAUGCAUCCAUCGAGCUUCUUCCGUCAGGGCCUGCCCAGGACAGCUUUGAAAGCUCAUUGAAGGUAGCUUUGCUGACGGAUCUCAGCUCCACCAAUGGUACUUUUGCAGGUGAGCUGCCUGCUGGCACUCGGGUGCCGCCAGAAGGGGCGAGAUUGUCAAUUGGCGACUACAUGCGCUUUGGCUUCUGCCCGUGGAUCUACCGUUUAGAGGUCGUUCCAAGCGCUGAGAGCGCAGAGUCGACAGAGUGGGAUCAGGCAGGUACUUCCAGCCGAGAUGAGAGGCGGCAACAGCAGCUGAAAUUCGCUGAGACGUCUUACCUUGGGUGGUUGACGCAGGUCCGGGAAGAAUAUGCUGCGGUUCGAAGCAGAGCCGAAGCAGCAGGUUCUCCAAUGGCCUACAGUCCUUCACUGGAACAGCUGGAGGCCACUUGCACUGCCUUUCUGCAGCGGCCUGUGUCCAGGUGUGCCAGUGCUUCAUCGCCGUUUUCCAGGACAUGGGCAUCAAAGUUGCCAAGUCCCUCGGGGAAAAAUCGGCCUGCAACUUCGAUGGCCCAGCUGGCCAUGAAAUGUGACCAGGUGGAGACCGACACCCUUGAAGGAGUCGAACCUUGUUUAGCAGACAUCGAGGCGGAGGUAGAGCGGCUUGCAGGGCGGUCGUGGGAAGUAUCCAGCAUUCUGCGACCAUCCCUUGCUUCGGCCGCUGAUCUGGAAAAUGUGGAAUGCCAGAUUCAAGAGGCUUUGAACUUCGUCACUGAGUCUUUGCCGAGACUGGCAUCGGAUUUGGACCAGCAGGUUUGUGGACCUACCUUCCAAGCAUUGUUGGCCCGUGGUCGGCCAGCACCUGGGAAUGCGGCACGUGAGCGAACCAGCUCAGAGUUGCUGAAUGGACUGGAGGAGGUUUCAACUUUGGUGUUCUCUGCCGAGCAGCUCAUCGGCCUUCUCCGGGUGAAAAUCGAAGAUGAUGCAGAUUUGGCACUGGCCCGGACAGUGCUGGAAGACACAGUCCGCUUCUUCUGGGACUUGGACCAAUGUGCCAAGUGGCGUAGAGUGUCCACAUGGGAGCUCUUUGAAGAGGUAGCAUCGGUGCUCAAAGCUACACAAGCACUGACAUACUACCAGGGCGGUCACGAGCGCCACGUGAUGCCAGACCCAAAUAAAGUGCCAGAGGAUCCUGAGGGUUGGAAGGAGAAUGUUGACUAUCGCCUGAAUAUGAUGCGACCCAACCGCUUGAAAGCUGCCUAUGGCCGUGGACCGGGCUGGAUCGUCACCAAGACUGGACAGGGCCACGGCUGGGAUGACGUUGGAACAGGCAGAGUGGUGGAUUCCCCACUGCACCGCAAGACAGUGGACCCCUUCGAUGAUACGCCACAUUUUUCAACCCAGAGUGGAAAGAAAUUUGUUUCCAAGACCAAGUGGAACCCUCGUAAGAGUGGCUCCCAGUAG